CCAAUAAUAAUAUUAUUGAUGUGUUUAUUAUAUACCUCAAUAAUUUUGUGACACAUUAAUUAUUGUGGAGUUUUCUAUCAGUACAUUUAAGCUGCACCAGAUGAGCACCAUUGCAUGUGAUGGUGAGCAUUGUGAACUGAAGCUGCCGUCUUUCUUUGUUUUCAACAACUGCUGCAUGAGAGGGGUUGCCAUGAACAAACAUUGUUUAAACAUAAUGCACUAAUGCGAAUGCAUUCGUAAAAAAUACACUGCAUGCUUGUGACGGAUUGACAUUAUUAUGCGUAUGGCUCUCCCCGCUCGCUUGUUCCCCUUCAGUGCUUUCUCCAGCCAAUCUUAGCAACUUUCACAUUGCAAAAUUAAUGUUUUGGUGGCUUAGUAUAAUUAUACAUGCAUCCAGACUAUGUUUACCGUUUACCACAAGUCCCAUGCAAUCAUAAUUAUAUAAUUGGCUGUUUCAAGUGUGACCAUUGUGAUAGUAUGUAUUUACGCAAAAUAGUGCUAUAUUGUGUAAGAUAGUGGCAUUUUCUUUAAUUGUCUAUCGGCUUAAUAUCCGUUAAUUGCCACAAAAACCAUAAUAUAGGGAUUGAUAUCACUGUGUUUAUAAUGACAUUGCUAAAAAUUGGUGCUGUCAUCAACUAUUCAAUCGUCUCCAUGGCUGGCAGAAUCAUGUCAACACUUAAUAUGAAAGGUGAUACAAUUUAUAUCUGAACUUUACUAAUUACUGUUUCUUCAGUGCUAUAUAAAGACAUCACUACUAAAGGCCAAUUUAGCACACUUCAAAAUGGCUUGGUCAAGGAUCAAAGGUGUUGCCUUUUUCCCCUUUUUAUGGCAAACUCUCCUCACAAUCAUUCUUUGGACGCCUGGAAAUCUCUACCUCUCCAAUGGUACAAAAUGGUUGUACUUUCAGUUUCAAAGCAAACUUGUGCAUACACAAGUUAGCAUCAUCACUGCAACGCAUGUGCCCUUCAAUAUCGCGUGGACUAUUCUUGCUCACUUCGUACUGGAUUUCUCUACUCCAUUCAUACAACAUAUGGGUUUAGCUUUUGCUAUUUGGAAUUUUGUUGUUGUUGUCGUGAGUGUUGCUGUCCAGAAGUUGUAUCCGGCAAGUGCUUACAAGAUUCAGUAUUUGUUCAUCUUUCUUUCAUUUGCCACUUCCUUUGAGGUACUCUGUGGAGGGUUGUUUAAUGAAUUAAACUUUUUCGGUACACAGAGAUUUGGGUCGUUGUUUUAUCUCCUUAUGGUGAGCACUCUUUUCUUUCAGUGGUCCACAUUGCUUACAGUGUUGUGUUGGACAUUCUUUGGAGGAGGUUUUGUUUUCUGGAGUAUCUUUGUAGCAAAAAAUGUGCCAGAGGUACUGGCCUCUACAUUCAUGACUGCUGCUAUAACCAUUCUUUGCGUGAUAGCACACAUAGUGGCCAACUACCAGAAGAAACUAGCCUUCCAAAAAAUUGAAAAGAGUGUUACUACAACCUUAGAAGUAGAGAAAGAAAAUGCAAAACAGGAAAAACUUCUUCUGUCGAUUUUUCCAAAAGAAGUUGCACAUGUGGUGCAGAAAGACUUGCGAAAUUCAAGAGGUGUUUCUCAAAUUUCUCAGUUCAGAAAACUUUAUGUCCAGAGGUUCAAAAAUGUUAGUAUCUUAUAUGCUGACAUCAAAGGAUUUACGGCUCUUUCUUCAAAGGUUUCGGCCCAGCAACUUGUGCAGACUCUUAAUGAGUUGUUUGCAAGAUUUGACUAUCUGGCUGAGAACAAUUUCUGUCUGCGCAUCAAGAUCCUUGGUGACUGCUACUACUGUGUGUCCGGGCUUUAUGACUCUAGAACAGACCAUGCUGUAUGUACAGUGCAAAUGGGGCUCCAGAUGAUUGAAGUUAUCAGACAUGUGGCUGCUCAGACAGGAUUUGAUUUGAAUAUGCGGGUAGGCAUUCAUACUGGCUCUGUACUCUGUGGACUGAUUGGUUCACACAAGUGGCAGUUUGAUGUCUGGUCCAACGAUGUCACCAUAGCCAAUGCAAUGGAAGCAGGUGGCGUACCUGGGGAAGUACACAUCAGUAAAACUACAUUCGAUGCACUGCAAGGUGCUUACAACGUUCAGCCAGCUGAUGGCAAAUCACGAAAUAGUCUGCUAGCCAAGUACGAUGUGGAAACGUUCUUUGUUACCUCCAGGAACAACAACAAUUAUGUUAUGGAGGGUGAAACAACGAGCCUUCUCGACGAACUACCUUCAACUUGCUCAUCAGAUUCUGGUAUAGGAAUCUUGAAUUCUAAUUUUGAAACUGGAGAGCCGAAAAAGAAGAAAGGACUAAAAGUAAAAGAAAGGAAGCCUAAGAUAAGUAUUAACAACACAGCUCGUCUCUUUCUAGGCAACUACGAAGACAGAAAAUUUGGAGUAAACGACAUCCUAACAACACUAGGAGUUCAGAAUCUGAAAGAGCAAAAGUCUACAAGCAAUCCUGAUAGUGACUUCGAUAAACAUCACUUUCUGAUCCUACUAAAGGAAGCUCUCACUGACACAAGCACUGGUCAUCUAUGGAAAAACUAUGCUAUGAGGCUGACAAUGCAGUUCAAAGAUUACGCUUUGGAAUCAAAGUUCGCAAGGCAGAAGUUCAGUGAUCUCCAAUAUUUCUUUGUUGCCCUCCUCUGUAUGCAGUGUCUCUUCUACUCCGCCCAAGUCACAGUCCUACCAAUGACAAGAAUCUCCACACACAUAUGCUUCUUGUUUAGCAUUAUAUUCAUAUUUGUGCUUACUUUGAUUUCUCUUUCGGACAAAACAAAGUUCCUGCCGAUAUCUUCUUUCAAGCAAAUAAAUCUCUAUAUUCAGUCAUACCGGGCACUACGCUAUGCCGUAGUUCUUCUAACCUGGGUGCUAGCUCUUGUGUGCAGCUAUAGCGGAUUGAUGGAAUGCACACCUGAUGCCCCUUACUUCAGGAUUUUUGAAACGCUCGACCCACAAAACCCUAGAUGUGAAUAUGCACACUACCAUGAGGAGCAGUUGAACUUGUACCUUGUGUUCAUAAUAAUGCCUCUGACCGACCUACCUGUGGCUGGACAGGUACUUGCUGCAACAUUUGGACUUCUCACUUUGUUUGUACUACUUCCCUUUGGUUUCUUCGACGCUUUCCUUCACUUCUAUGAAGCAAGACAAAUCGGAAAUUUUGAUGGCGCUUUGUUUGAAAUGCUUACAAGCUACCUUUUCCGUAUUUUGGUCAUUCUCGUCUCCAUCCUACUUGGCAUUCUCUUAGCCAGAGAAAACCAAUACACUAGAAGAAGCAACUUCCUGCGGCAGAUAGAUGCCGAGAAGAAGCAGCGAGAGAUAGAGAUCAUAGAGUUGUACAAUACUAGUCUUCUUAACAACCUCCUCCCAAAUCAUGUGAUAAGCCACUUUCUCAACCCCGAUAUUACUGCUGUGGAUCUCUACUACGACUUCCACCCUGAGGCCGGAAUUCUUUUUGCCUCAAUCCCUGACUUUGCUGGCUACUAUGAAGAGGAGGAAUCUAACAACCAGGGGAUAGAGUGCAUGAGACUGCUCAAUGAGAUAUUUGGGGACUUUGAUCAACUGUUGACAGACAAGAGAUUUCAGUCCAUAGAGAAGAUUAAGACCAUUGGGAGCACUUACAUGGUGGCGUCCGGAGUAAACCAGAAGACGGGUAAAGUGGUGAAAAACUGGAAGCAUUUGGAAGUUCUUCUGGAGUUCUCUUUUGCUCUAAGGGAGAAACUUCAGGCCAUAAACAAAGAAUCGUGGAAUGAUUUCCAGCUGCGCAUUGGCAUUAGUCAUGGUCCUCUGGUUGCUGGAGUUAUUGGAGCUAAAAAACCUCAGUAUGAUAUCUGGGGAGACACUGUGAACCUUGCCAGCAGGAUGGAGAGCACCGGAGUCAAGGGGAAAACUCAGGUUGUUCAAGAAACACAGGCUCUUUUGUCUACUCGUGGAUACAUGUUUGACUAUCGAGGUGUGGUGUCGGUUAAAGGGAAAGGCUCACUCAUUACGUACUUUGCUCAAGACGUUUCUCCUAAAAAGAAAUUGGCACAAAACUACUUGCUCUAAUACUAUUACAUGUUCCAACUACAGUUAACUUAGAUAUAAUAUUAUAGGUAUAGAGACACUAUAGCGUGCCUCAUGCAUAUUGUGUACGGUGGACUCUAAAAACCCAGACAUUUUACACACAUUCUGUAGCAUAUUAUGCACAUACCCAGUAUAUGUAUAUCUAUAAUUUUGAAUGCUGUCACAUAAAAAUUAUUGCACAGAGUGA